GCCAAGCUGUCACGACCGGAGGGGGGACUCGCAGCCUUUCCAGGCAUUUAAGUAUUCAUCCAAGAGUCACCCCAGUAGUGGUGACCACAGACAUGAAAAGAUGCGAGACGCCGCAGAUCCUUCACCACCAAAUAAAAUGUUGCGAAGAUCUGAUAAUCCUGAAAACAAAUACAGUGACAGCAUAGGUCAUAAUAAGGCCAAAAAUAUGCAUACUCACAGAGUUAGAGAGAGGGAAGGUGGGACCAGUUACUCUCCACAAGAAAAUUCACACAACCACAUAGCUUUUCAUAGUUCAAAUUCACAUACCUCUAAUCCAAGCAAUAAUCCAAGCAAAACUUCAGAUGCAUCUUACAAUUCUGCAAAUGACUGGUCUGAGCAUAUUAGCUCUUCUGGGAAAAAAUAUUACUACAGUUGCCGAACAGAAGUUUCACAGUGGGAAAAACCAAAAGACUGGCUUGAAAGAGAACAGAGACAAAAAGAAGCAAAUAAGGUGGUAGUUAAUAACUUUCCGAAAGAUAGGGAUUACAGAAGAGAGGUGAUGCAAGCAACAGCCACUAGUGGGUUUGCCGGUGGAAAAUCUACAGCAGGAGACAAAUCAGUAUCACAUUCUUACACAACUCCUUCUACAUCUUCUGCCUCUGGACUGAACCCCACAUCUGCACCUCCAACAUCUGCUUCUGCAAUUCCCAUUUCUCCUGUUCCCCAGUCACCGAUACCUCCAUUACUUCAAGACCCAAAUCUUCUUAGACAGUUGCUUCCUGCUUUGCAAGCCACUCUGCAACUCAAUAAUUCUAACAUGGACAUAUCCAAAAUAAAUGAAGUUCUUACAGCAGCUGUGACACAAGCUUAACUGCAGUCUAUAAUUCAUAAGUUUCUUACUACUGGACCAUCUGCUUUCAACAUAACAUCUCUGAUUUCUAAAGCUGCUCAGCUCUCUACACAAGCCCAGCCAUCUAAUCAGUCUCCCAUGUCUUUAACAUCUGAUGCCUCAUUCCCAAGAUCUUACGUGUCUCCAAGGAUAAGCACACCUCAGACUAACACCGUUCCUAUUAAAUCAUUGAUUAGUACUCCUGUUUCAUCACAGCCAAAGGUUAGUACUCCAGUAGUUAAGCAAGGACCAGUGUCACAAUUGGCCACACAGCAGCAGCCUGUCACUGCUGACAAACAGCAGGGUCAUGAACCUGUCUCUCGUCGAAGUCUUCAGUGCUCAAGCCAGAGAAGUCCAUCACCUGGUCCAAAUCACACUUCAAGUAGUAGUGCAUCAAAUGCAACAGUUGUACCACAAAACUCAUCUGCUCGCCCUGCGUGUUCCUUAACACCUACGCUAGCAGCACACUUCAAUGAAAGUCUCAUAAAACACAUUCAAGGCUGGCCCACAGACCAUGCAGAGAAGCAAGCAUCAAGAUUGCGUGAAGAAAUCCAUAACAUGGGUAGUACUCACAUGUCAGAAAUAUGUACUGAGUUAAAAAAUUUAUGAUCUUUAGUCCGAGUAUGUGAAAUUCAAGCAACUUUGCGAGAGCAAAGGGUACUGUUUUUGAGACAACAAAUUAAGGAACUCGAAAAGCUAAAAAAUCAGAAUUCCUUUAUGGUGUGAAGAUGUGAAUAAUUGCACAUGUUUUUGAGUACAGGAACUAUAAAUCUAUUGCCCAAUCUUAACAUUUUUGAGCUGCAUUUAAGUAGACUUUGGACAGUUAAGCUGGGCAGAGAAAAUGACAAGGGGAUAGGGUCUUGUGAGAGUCAAUUCAGGGGAAAGAUACAAGAUUGAUUUGUAAAACCCUUGAAAUGUAGAUUUCUUGUAGAUGUAUUCUUCACGUUGUAAAUAUGUUUUGUAGAGUGAAGCCAUGGGAAGCCAUGUGUAACAGAGCUUAGACAUCCAAAACUAAUCAAUGCUGAGGUGGCUAAGUACCUAGCCUUUCACAUGUAA